UUUCAAACACAUUAGAUAAAUGACAUGUGCUUGACGUUUACAUAACCUUAAAUUUUUACGUCCAUAAACCUCACUUUUUUAAUUAAUAAUUUAAAACGAUGUUAUUUCUGAGAAAACUAGUUUCACCUUCUCCCUGCGUUUGUGUUAAUUUUGUCCGACAUGCGAAGAGAAUCGUUGAUCCCGGAAUACGAAGACGCAAGGAAUUAUUACAACUCGACGAAUCCGAAGAAAUUGACGAUUUUGACGACUUUGAAACCGAUUUUAUGGAAGUACACAAGUCCCAUAAACAACACCUUCGAGAAGCAGAGGUUGAGAGGGAAAAAAUGAAAUAUCACAUUGUAAAGCAACGGUAUUUUAAAGAAAAGUUUCCGAAUUUUUUAACUUGGCAUGAUAAGGAACAAAUUCGGUAUUUGUACCGUACUGAUCCGAAUGAGUGGACGAUUGAACGGUUAUCUGAGAGUUUUCCAGCAUUGCCGGAAGUCAUCAAGAAAAUUAUCAAAUCAAAUUGGGACAAACCAAGUCAGAAUAAAAUUACAAAUCACGACACUGCGGUCCAAAAUAACUGGAAGUUGUUUAAAAACGGGAAAAUGGGGGAUUUACCUGCGGAUUUGGCCCAACAUUUGAAUAAGUUUACAAAUCGCGCACUCAAUUUGAAUCAGUUUAAAUUACCAGACUUUAAAACCAAUGUAGUGACUGUUGGGAAAAAAAUUGGAACGGAGUUUUCUGAUAUUGUGACUAGUUACGGUGGUAGCCACCAAAAUGAGGAUGAAAAACUAGAAAUAGAAGCAAAAACUUUGCCCGAUAAAAAAUCAAAAAGUCGAAAACCUGUCACACUUAAUCAGCUUCAAGUAAAACUGGUCAAAAGGGCAGAAUUAGGUAAGCAAAUCGAUGAGAACGAAAAAUGCAUAGUAAGCAGUGUGAAGACGGAGGAAGAGAAAAUUGAAGUAAAACACGACUUGGUUGAUUUGUCCCACAACAAAUUUCAAACUGGGGUCCAACUUCACAAAAAAGAGGAAAAGGAUUUGUCUCAUUUGAAUUACCCGGAAGUUAUCACCAUACCCAAAUCUGCGCUAAAGAAAGGCUGUAUUUACAAACUCAAUGAUUGUUACUACGACGAUGACGGCGAAUUUUUGUAUCGAGUCCCAGGAAUGUCGCAAUAAAUAAAAGAAAUAAAAUU